AUGGCAUGUUGCUUCUUACUCUGGCAGUUUCUUUCUCUACACAGGCUGGAAGAAAACUACAUUGUCUGUGAAGGAGUUUGCUUACCAAGAUGCAUCCUUUAUGCACAUUAUUUAGACUUCUGCAGAAAAGAGAAGCUGGAACCUGCAUGUGCUGCAACUUUUGGGAAGACCAUUCGCCAGAAAUUCCCUCUCCUUACCACAAGGCGGCUUGGAACAAGGGGCCAUUCAAAGUAUCACUAUUAUGGAAUUGGCAUUAAAGAAAGCAGUGCAUACUACCACUCUGUGUAUUCUGGAAAAGGCUUAACCAGGUUCUCUGGAAGCAAGUUAAAGAAUGAGGGUGGUUUCACUCGUAAAUAUUCUCUGAGUUCCAAAACUGGAACUCUCCUCCCAGAGUUUCCAAGUGCUCAACACCUUUUGCUUCAAGGGUGCAUUUCUAAAGACAAGGUAGAUACUCUUAUCAUGAUGUACAAAACACACUGUCAGUGUGUCCUUGACAAUGCAAUUAAUGGGAACUUUGAAGAGAUUCAGCAUUUCUUAUUACAUUUUUGGCAAGGGAUGCCUGACCAUCUUCUUCCUCUGCUUGAAAAUCCCAUCAUCGUUGACAUCUUCUGUGUUUGUGACUCAAUACUGUAUAAGGUCCUUACAGAUGUACUCAUCCCUGCAACAAUGCAAGAAAUGCCAGAAAGUUUACUGGCAGAUAUAAGAAAUUUUGCAAAAAACUGGGAACAGUGGGUUGUUUCCUCCUUGGAAAAUCUACCAGAGAACCUGACAGAUAAGAAACUGCCUAUUGCACGAAGAUUUGUUUCCUCCCUGAAACGACAGACAUCAUUCCUACACCUAGCACAGAUUGCUCGGCCAGCCCUUUUUGAUCAGCAUGUUGUGAAUUCCAUGGUGUCGGACAUUGAAAAAGUUGAUUUGAAUAGUAUUGGCUCUCAGGCACUCCUUGCAGUCUCAGGGAGCACAGACUCUGAUGGGGAAGUCUACAGUGAAUAUGACUCUAUUACAGUGUUCCAAGAACUGAAGGACCUUCUAAAGAAGAAUGCCACUGUGGAAUCAUUUAUUGAGUGGUUGGAUACUGUGGUUGAGCAAAGGGUUAUCAAGGCAAGCAAGCAAAAUGGGAGGUCAUUAAAGAAGAGAGCUCAGGACUUCCUUCUCAAAUGGAGCUUUUUCGGUGCUCGAGUGAUGCAUAACCUAACUCUAAACAAUGCAUCAAGUUUUGGUUCUUUUCAUUUGAUCCGCAUGCUACUAGAUGAGUACAUCCUGCUUGCCAUGGAGACACAGUUCAACAAUGACAAAGAACAAGAACUCCAGAAUCUACUGGACAAAUACAUGAAGAAUUUAGACGCAAGCAAAGCCACCUUUACUGCAUCACCAAGCUCUUGCUUCCUAGCAAAUCGUAACAAAGCUGCUCCUCUGCCCAGCGACACUUCAGUGAAAAAUGAGUGUCUAGCAGAGCAAACCUACGUGUCCUUGUCAGCUAGCCAGCCCAGCAGUGUGCCUUCUGGUCUGAACGCCUUCACCACAGGAGACAGUGAGAAUAUGCAGCUGACAGGUCAGAUGGAGCUGUCUCAAAGCACUGGUCACCUGAUGACUCCACCCAUUUCACCAGCCAUGGUCAGCCGAGGAAGUGUUAUCAACCAGGGGCCAAUGGCUGUGAGACCUCCAAGUGUAGGUCCAGUGUUAUCUGCACAUUCACAGUGCUCUUCCUACUCAGAACCCAUUUAUCAGACUUUGUCACAAACUAAUCAGAAUUACUAUGGAAACAAUUCCAAUUACCAGGCUAUGUUCAGAACUCAGGCCCAUUCCACUUCAGGAGUUUACCACCACAGAGCAGAGCACAGCCGAUUCAAUGCCUUGAGUGAACAGCAGUUCUCCAGAGACUACUUCAGCAACAGUUGUGCUGUGUCUCCAUACAAUGCCCGAUCCCCUUCCAGCUAUGGUCCCUCAUCAAUGUCUCAGGACACACACAAUAUGCAGUUUCUGAAUACUGGGAGUUUCAAUUUCUUGAGCAACUCGGUGACUACGUGCCCAGGAGCAGCAUAUCCCACUAAUGCUUCCAAUGGAUAUUAUGGAAACAAUAUAAAUUAUCCAGAAUCUCACAGACUUGGAACAAUGGUGGAUCAACAUGUUUCUGUAAUCAGCAGUGUAAGCAGCAUUCGAUCACUGCCAUCAUACAAUGAUAUACAUGAUCCACUGAAUAUCUUGGAUGACAGCGGAAGAAAACAAACAGGCUCAUACUACACAGAGUCCUCACCUUCAAUUGUCUGUCGGACUCCUAUGUCUUCAAACAUGCAAACCACAUCUUCUUCCCAGUGUAUGUAUGGAACAUCUGGUCAGUUCCCUUCUCAGGAAAAUCUGGAGUCCCAUGGCCCACCAAGCAGAGAUAUGGUGUCAUCUUUACCACCAAUCAACACUGUCUUCAUGGGAGCAGCUGCUGGAGGAACCUGA